UGCCGUCCCGUCCCGCACACGCGACCCGCCGCCAGCACCAGCAGCAACGAGCCAGCCACCCAACAGCGGCCGCGGCAGCAGCUGCGAGCACGGGCGCGCGGCCGAGAAAAGCGCAGCCCUGCCACGACACGGCCACCUCCCUCCCUCCCUCCCUCCCUCGUGGUCUCCUUCUCCUCCUAGGCACUUGCUCCUGCUUCUCCACCGCUCCAAAAAGUCUAGUAAAAUAGAAGGGAGGCGACCCCCAAUCCCUCCCCCAAGACGCACGGCGCACGGAGGCGUUGGAUCGGAUCGGCGCCGGCGGCGGCGAGAUGUGGGAGUCGGUGGCGCUGACGCUGGCGGGCACCGCCGGCAACAACAUCGGCAAGGUCCUCCAGAAGAAGGGCACCCACAUCCUCCCUCCCCUCUCCCUCAAGCUCAAGGUGGUCAAGGCGUACGCGUUUAACCAGCUCUGGAUCAGCGGGUUCCUUAUGGACAUGUGCGGCGCCGCGCUCAUGCUCACAGCGCUCUCCCAGGCCCCGGUCUCCGUUGUGCAGCCCAUUGCCGGCUGCGGGCUCGCGAUACUCUGCGUCUUCUCCCACUUUUACCUCAAGGAGGUCAUGAAUGGCCUCGAUUGGGUUGCCAUCACGCUAGCUGGUCUCGGCACCAUAGGAGUUGGUGUUGGAGGAGAGGAACAGAAAGUUGAUCAGAUACCUCUUCUCAAUAUACCCUGGCUAGUGCUCUCCGUUGUCAUCUUGUUUGUACUGCUCAACACUUGGCUUCAUAUGUAUAAAAAGCAAAGGCGUGAGCAAGAGUUGACUGGACCUGAAGUGAUUGAGGAGAUCAUAUAUGGUUUAGAAUCAGGCAUCUUGUUUGGCAUUUCUUCAGUGAUCUCUAAGAUGGGAUUUGUGAUGUCCGAGAUGGGUUUUCCAAAGCUUGUUGUGCCUGCUGCCAUUUCUUGUAGUGUUUGCUGUAGUGCCAUCGGAUUUGUGUAUCAGACGCGAGGCCUCAAGCAUGGGAGGGCAAUUGUUGUAUCUACAUGUACAUCGGUGGCAUCUAUAGUGUCUGGUGUGGUAGCUGGCAUGAUUGCACUUGACGAACAUCUACCUAAAGCUCCGACGGCUCGGUUUUUUCUCUUACUUGGAUGGUUCUUCAUUAUCACAGGAGUGAUACUACUUGUUAGUUCAACCAGAUUGAUUGCACGUCUACCUAGGCCUGUGCAGAAGUUUUUGAAGAGCAACAUGGAGCGCACCCACAGCAUUAGGAGGCCCGGUUCAGCACGAGGGAAGGACCCCAUCCCAACCACAACGAUCCAUACAUCGUCACUACAUCUUCUUACUUCUCCAACAAAGGAGAAGGCCUAGCAAAAUAUUGCUGCUGUGGAAAAUCUGUUUCAGCACCUCACAUGUGUCAUGUCAUUGAUUGAAUGGUUACGUGAAUUUAUAAAUCUAGAGUAGCAUUUAAAGUUUGGGUCGGUUACUCAUCGUACUGCCCUUUAUAGGUCUAACAGAAGUUUGGAAAAAAAAAAUUGCCGCAAAUUUUUAUCACGUCUCAUCUCGUCGUUUGUCUGGUUGCCCAGUGCUAAAUUCAUGGCUGGUUCUGUUCAGUACUACCUAUUCUCCUAAAAGAUUACCGAUUGGAAGCAUCA